AUCUUAAGUCUUCGUUAAGUAUUUGACACACAUCGAUUAAACUUAUCGAUAAAUUUUGUACAACGCUAUUCACAACCAAAACAAAAUAGUCACAUUAAAACAAUAAUGCAAAAGUAAGAAAGUUUUUAAUAAAAAUAAUGGCAAAUCGCACGGUAAAAGAAGCUAAAAAUAUCCAUGGGACAAAUCCACAGUAUCUGGUGGAGAAAAUUAUACGUUCUCGCAUUUAUGACUCUAAAUAUUGGAAGGAACAAUGUUUUGCCCUCACCGCCGAACUUUUGGUAGAUAAAGCUAUGGAACUGCGAUUCAUCGGUGGUGUUUACGGUGGUAAUAUAAAGCCGACACAAUUUCUGUGUCUUACGCUUAAAAUGCUACAAAUUCAACCAGAAAAGGAUAUAGUGGUGGAGUUUAUAAAGAAUGAAGAGUUUAAAUAUGUGCGUGCACUGGGCGCGUUUUAUUUACGUCUUACUGGCAGUGCUUUAGAUUGUUACAAAUACUUGGAACCUUUAUAUAACGACAAUCGUAAGCUACGCCGCCAAAAUAGAGCUGGACAAUAUGAAAUUGUUCACAUGGACGAUUUUAUAGAUGAGUUACUCCGUAGCGAUCGUGUGUGCGAUAUAAUAUUACCUCGUAUACAAAAACGUGCUGUACUUGAGGAAAAUAAUGAACUUGAACCGAAAGUAUCCUCCUUGGAUGAAGAUUUAGAUGACGAUGUAGUUAGCGAUGACGAUGGUGGUGGUGCAGAGCGAGAUGAUGACAAAAAUAAAUCAUCUUCUUCGGCUAAGAAAAGAUCACGUAAAGAUCACUCACGUUCACGGUCGCGUAGUCCUACUGGUGCGCGUGAUCAAAGAAGUGGUCGUGCUCGUGAUUAUGAUACCGAGUUAGAAGAUUACAGUAGACAACGUGAACGCGAUCGUGAGCGUGAUCGUUUUGGUGUUACUUCGACAUCAAGCAGUAAUCGACACUGGGAUGAUCGUUCAGGCGGCACAAAUAAUUACCGUAGUGGACGUGAUGAUUAUAGAGAUGACUACCGGCGUGAUGAUUAUAAAGAUCGGCGUUAUGACAACCGCGACUCUCGAAAUGAUCGGGAUAGAAGGCGGCACUAACCGUUUAUUAAUUAAAAAUAUUGUUUUUUUUUUUUAAUUUUUUAUUAAAUUUCUUAAAAUAAAUUUAAAAAAUAACGUCUUAAAAUUGUUCACAAUUUGUGAAAAUCAAUAAUUUGACUUCAUUGCUUUGACUUACGGUAUACAAAAAAUAUAAUUAUGAUACAAAUCAACUAUCAUAUUUUAACACUUACAACUAAGUUCUAAAAGUUCUAACAAUAAUUUCAGUAUGCAUGUAGUAUUUACGUAUGUAUAAUAAAUUUAUUUUACUAAUUUCGCCUUA